UGCUCACAGGCGCCACCACGCCUCCAGCCAUCAGCGGUGUGCUUCUUGUGUCGCCUGCCUGGUUUGGACCUCCGUCGUCACCUCGGCUCGACAUGGACCCCAACUGCUCCUGCUCCACCGGUGGCUCCUGCACGUGCGCCGGCUCCUGCACGUGCAAAGAGUGCAGAUGCACCUCCUGCAAGAAGAGCUGCUGCUCCUGCUGCCCCGCGGGCUGUGCCAAGUGUGCCCAGGGCUGCAUCUGCAAAGGGGCAUCGGACAAGUGCAGCUGCUGUGCCUGAUGCGGGGGAGCGCCUGUCCCCCAUGUAAAUAGAGCAACUUGUACAAACCUGCAGUUUUUUUACUUUUCCAUAUUAUCCUGACCUGUUUGCUACAUUCCUAUUUCUCUGAAAUAUUUGAAUGACAAUAAAUUCAUGGAGACUCUUCUGGC